CCGCCGCGCUCUCCUCUCCCCGCUCGCGGGGCACCUGCUGGCGGCAGGUGGGGGACUGGAACCAGGCGGGCUCGCGGGAGGGGUCAGCGUCCAGCUCCACCUGGCGCCCAAGCUCGCGGGGACGCCUAGGGCAGAGCGCGCCCCGUCGUUCUGGCGGCCUCCAAGUUUAUCCCUAAAUCCUGAUCAGUGUGGGGUGCCCCGCACCAGUAGCCUUCGUCCGGGGAGUCGGAGGCACGGGCGGCGGAGUCGGCACCACUGCCAGAGGCGCCAGCUCUGCUGCUUCCCUCCCUUCGUCUCGCCAUCGCCAAGAAUGGGUAGCACCGUGGCGCCCGGCUUCGGCCAUGGAGGAACGAGCCCCGAUUCCCCCUGUCUGCGCGCUCGGAUCCCUCUUCCCCGGGCACCCCUCAUCCUUUCGGCCCCCUUGGCCAUGAACCAGCCCGCCCCUGCCGCCCUCCCUCCGCCCCGCCGCGUGCGGCUCAAGCCCUGGCUGGUGGCCCAGGUGAACAGCUGCCAGUACCCAGGGCUUCAGUGGGUCAAUGGGGAGAGGAAAUUCUUCUACAUCCCCUGGCGCCAUGCCACGCGACACGGCCCCAGCCAGGACGGAGAUAACACCAUCUUCAAGGCCUGGGCCAAGGAGACAGGGAAGUACACCGAGGGGGUGGACGAGGCCGAUCCAGCCAAGUGGAAGGCCAAUCUGCGCUGUGCCCUCAACAAGAGCCGGGACUUUCGCCUCAUCUAUGACGGGCCCCGGGACAUGCCGCCUCAGCCCUACAAGAUCUACGAGGUCUGCUCCAAUGGCCCCGCUCCCGCAGAGUCGCAGCCCAGUGAGGAUUACUGUCUCGGGCCAGGAGAGGAGGAAGAGGAGGAGGAAGAAGAGCUCCAGAGGAUGUUACCAAGCCUGAGCCUCACAGAAGCAGUGCAGCCCGGCCCCCACAUGGCACCCUAUUCUUUACCCAAAGAGGAUGUCAAGUGGCCACCUACUCUCCAGCCUCCUGUGGUGCUGGGGCCCCCUGCUCCAGACCCCAGCCUCCUGGGCCCUGCCCCUGGCAACCCUCCUGACUUUGGGGAGCUGCUCUCUGAGGUCCUGCCAAACCCGCAGCCUGGGCCCCUGGCUGCCAGUCUGCCCCCUGCAAGCGAGCAACUCCUGCCCGACCUGCUGAUCAGCCCCCACAUGCUGCCUUUGACUGACCUGGAGAUCAAGUUCCAGUACCGUGGGCGGCCACCCCGGGCCCUCACCAUCAGCAACCCCCAUGGCUGCCGGCUCUUCUACAGCCAGCUGGAGGCCACCCAGGAGCAGGUGGAGCUCUUCGGCCCCGUGAGCCUGGAGCAAGUGCGCUUCCCUAGCCCUGAGGACAUCCCCAGCGACAAGCAGCGCUUUUACACCAACCAGCUGCUGGAUGUCUUGGACCGUGGGCUCAUCCUCCAGCUACAAGGCCAGGAUCUGUAUGCCAUCCGCUUGUGCCAGUGCAAGGUGUUCUGGAGCGGGCCCUGCGCCUCAGCCCAUGGCUCGCACCCCAAUCCCAUCCAGCGGGAGGUCAAGACCAAGCUCUUCAGCCUGGAGCAUUUUCUCAACGAGCUCAUCCUGUUCCAGAAGGGCCAGACCAACACCCCACCACCGUUUGAGAUCUUCUUCUGCUUUGGGGAGGAGUGGCCUGACUGCAAACCCCGAGAGAAGAAGCUCAUCACUGUACAGGUAUACCCCAUCUCCCACCCCUCAACUCUGCUUUGGUUUGACUCUUGGGCGGAGUGGAGCAGGGCUCUGUGGGUAGAGUGGAUGCAGCCCACCUGCCCCCUGGUGGAUACCCUCGUGCACAACUGGAUUCAACAGUCCUGCCAGGGCUCUCCCUGUCCCGUCUCCUCUGCCCCCCAGGUGGUGCCCGUUGCAGCUCGACUGCUUCUGGAGAUGUUCUCAGGGGAGCUUUCUUGGUCAGCUGAUAGUAUCCGGCUACAGAUCUCAAACCCAGACCUCAAAGACCGCAUGGUCGAACAGUUCAAGGAGCUCCAUCACAUCUGGCAGUCCCAGCAGCAGAUGCAACCCAUGGCCCAAGCCCCUCCUGUGCCAGGCCUCAGCGCUGGCCAGGGGCCCUGGCCCAUGCAUCCAGCCAGCAUGCAGUAACGAGGCUGUAGACUGGCCCAGGCUUCCCGGGUGGCUGUGCAGACUGAGGAGGAGGUGCGACAGCCCCCACGGGCACCUGAUGGGCAGCAGGGUCCAAUCUCUGGGUCUCCUGAAAGUGGAUUUGGGCCAUGAAGAGGGAAAGUGGCCCGAGUUCGUUUCUCCUCAGAAGCUGGGAGAAGCGUUUUGCUUUGAGGGCUCUGUCUUCCUGGCUGUGCUGGGCUGGCUGUGGCAGAACUCAGCCAUUAGCACCAGUGAGGAGGGAAGAAACUCACCCAGGAACUCUGGGGGGCCUAGCCAUACAGAGGGAGCUGCCCCAGAGUGGCCCAUUCUUGUGGCUGCCCCCAUUUCUUCUGGCAAAAAGAACCAAGUGCUCUGGAUCAGGUCUCCCUGGCAGGUCCUUUGCAGGGCACAGGCCUGACUUUGGGGUUCCCUAGUUUAAGCCUUGCUUCAUCUUUCUCCCUCCAGAGAUAGAUAUGAGCACUUAGGUAUUAUACCAAGUACUUAAGGCUAGCAGCUACCUCCUUGAGAGUCCAAGAACCUGGGGCAGAAAGUGGAAUUUUAUGUAUUUUUUGGAUUAAUAAAUGUUAAAAACAGA